AUGUCUUCUCAGGAAGAAGAAACCCAAAAUGACGAGCAAUAUGCCAAGGAUAUGCAACUUGCCUUCAACUUACAAGCCAAAGAGAUGAAUCGAGCGCAUCAUUCGAAGAAAUUGAAGAAACGAGAGAUGCAAACUGCGUUACACGAUGGCUAUUCUCAAAGUAGAUUGAAUCCUGACCAUAUGCUUUUUAUCAGGUGCCUGAUCGACGAUCGACAAGUGGAUCUUUUGGUGGACACUGGAGCCAGUGUAUCGGCCAUAUCAGUGGAAAUGGUGCAAAAGCUACAUCUUGAAUCCAAGUGGAAUCGUAGUAUCACUGGGAAUGCUAGAGGAGUGGGAAGUUCAAAUAUCCUUGGUAUUGUGGAACACGUCGAUUGCAUGAUUGGCCAUGUAGAGUUUCGACUAUUUUUUAUGGUCUUGGAAGGUCAAAUGCCAUAUUGUAUUCUUGGUUUGGACCAGAUGCGACGGUUUCGAUGCAAUGUAGACCUAGAUGAGGAUGUACUGGUAUUUGGGGGCAAAGGUGGGGUUUCCGUCCCAUUCCUGCCGCAGGAAGAAGCUGCAAUUGCUGCGCACAAGAUGAUGACGUCAAGCCAGCAGCAAGAACAGGUGGAACUGCAGCAAGAGCAACAAAGGGAAUGGUCUCAAGAAAGCAAUAGAAAAAAGAAAAGUGGAAAGUUUAAGUCCUUUUUUCGGAGCUGA